UCGAUGGAAUACCUCCAAAUCCCCCGGUGCAGGUCGAGGAGUUUUUGUGGAAAAUCUGUGGGAGGAAAGUACCCGAGGGAAAUCAGAGAAAGCCAGUGUAGCAAGGCUAGGAGAUGAGGAUUUCUGCGUUUCAAUACAUUGGGACAGCGAAUCAGUUAAAGUAAAUGUGCCGUCAAUUUGGAUUCCAGUGAGAAUAGCAAGGUAUGUGCCCAUUUAAUAUGGGCAAGGAUCGAAGCGUUUUGAUGAUUGGCACGGAAAUAGACAUAGCAACAAUUCCAGGGGGCAUUCCUGGCUGCCAAUUUCGCUCUGCAGCAUUGCGUAAAUUAUCGCACAAUCAAAUUCUUAUCUACAUUGGGACAGAAAACGGAAAAAUCAUCCUCUUAUCAUGGGAUCCUUGUUCAUCUGACAGUGUGCUAUUAGCGUGCAGAGCCGUGGGACGUCAUGCAGUGAAGGGCAUUUAUCCUCUCCAGGAAUCGAAUAUAGUGGCAGUGCUUGCAGGUGAAUUUGUUUUGUUGAUGGAUGGCUUCUUGCACGAUUCCCUUCGCCCCUUACCCUUUACCAAAGGAGCCUCGGCCAUGACCACCAGAUUGCUCAGCCCUGGGCAGAAAGAAGGAGAAGGAGAAGGAGAAGGAGAUGGACACGGAGAAGAGGGAGAAGGAGAGGUAUCAAGGCAGGCCCACGGCUUUCUUCACAAGAUUGGAAGGACAAACCGGAAAGUUUCUGCAAACAAAUUAGGAUUCGGGAGAAAAUCACAAACUUCGCAGCUGGCUGUUGCGGCAGGCAGAAGGCUAUUUUUAUGCGAGGUCGACUCAGAACAGAAGGGCGAGGGGGAAAGGGACAUAGUUGUGAGAGAAAUUGCGUGCCCUGAAGGUGUUGUGAGCAUGGGAUGGGUUGACAACUCCAUAAUUGUGGGGACACAGGAUGGGUACGCUCUAAUUGCUCUGGGGGAGGAAGAGGAAGAGGGAGAUGGCAGGAGCAGGGGCAAGGGUAAGGGCAGGGCCAAUCUCAGUCCCAUAUUUGCCUUGCCAGAUGCAGCCCCUCCUCCGCUGCUGAAAUGCUUCCAUGGUGACAGAGAGCUACUUCUCAUUGUGGACAAUGUGGGAAUUGUUGUCAAUGUCUCGGGGCAGCCUACGGCUGGAAGCGUGGUGUUCAAAGUCAGUCCAGAUUCCAUUGGGCAAACUGGUCCCUAUGUGGUGACGGCCAAAAAUGGGCAGGUGGAGGUCUACCACAGGAAAACAGGCUUUCGAGUGCAGUCGCUUUCUCUCACAGUUUCAGGCCAUUCUGUCAUUGCAGAUGAUAUCGACGGAAAAUUCGUUGUUGUUGCUACGCAGUCAAAGGUGAGUUGCCUGCUGAAAGUACCUGUAGAAGAACAAUUAAAGGAACUCUUGAGGAAGAAGGAUUAUGACGAGGCAGUCUGUCUUGCAGAGGAGUGUGUGAAAGAGGGGGUAGGGAGUGAUGCUAAAGAGAGGCUUUCUCUUGUUCAUGCACAAGCAGGUUUUCAGUUGCUUUUUGAUCUGCAGUUCAAGGAAGCAGUAGAUCAUUUCUUGCAAUCAGAAGUAAUGCAGCCAUCAGAGAUUUUCCCAUUUAUAAUGCCCUAUCCAAAUCGCUGGUCAUCCAUGAUUCCUAGAAAUCGUUAUUGGGGUCUACAUCCACCUCCACAGCAUAUAGAGCAAGUCAUUGAAAAAGGAUUAUCAAAUAUUCAAAGAGGAUCUUUGCUGAAAAAGGCAGGUAUUACUAGUGGAAUAUAUUCCGUGGGUGAGACUAUACCUCCUAAUCCUUCCAGUCGCAGUGCUUUAUUGGAGUCGGCCACUCAAAAUAUCAUCAGGUAUCUCAAGGCUUGUCGAGACAAGAGUCUGGCCCCUGUGAUGAAGGAAGGUGUUGAUACACUUCUGAUGUACCUAUACAGAUUCCUUGGAAUUACAGAAGAAAUGGAGCAGCUUGCAUCAUCUGAAAACAGCUGUGUUGUGGAGGAAUUGGAAGCUUUGCUUAAGGAAUCUGGGCAUCUACGAACUCUUGCAUUUUUGUAUUCAAGUAAAGGUUUACAACCACAAGCAUUGGAAAUAUGGCAGGUUUUAGUGCAAAGAAAUUUGACAAUGCCUUUGGAAGGGUCUUCUUUUGCAAGGAAAAAAGGAAACGAAUCUACUGGGUUUACACCUGAUCAGCUAGCAGCUGCUGCGGAGGCAGCUCACAUUCUUGAGGAGUCGUCUGAUCACAAGCUGGUCUUGAAACAUUUGGCUUGGAUCAUACGGAUGGACCAAGGUCUGGGGAUUAAGGUUUUGACAUCAGUAAAGAGAUCCAGGCCACUUCCACCAGAGGAGGUGUUUUCAGCAGUGGAUGCAAAUGCAGUUGAUGUUCAUCAAAGAUAUCUGCAAUGGCUGAUAGAGGAGCAAGGCUGUAAAGAUACUCAAUUUCAUACUUCAUAUGCUCUUCUGCUUGCAAAGGAAGCAAUUGGUGCUUCUAAAAGUGUCACACAGAGUGUAACUUUACAUGAAGAUGUUGCUCAGAGUAUGGCUGAUGGCAUGUGGAAUGAAGAAAAAAAGGUUCUAAAUGACGGUUUCCUUACAGCCAAAGAGGUGCAAAACCCAAAUGAAGAAUCUAGCAAGCAAUGCAUCUGUUUGUCCACUAGAAAUAGGCUGCAGUCAUUUUUAUUAAAUUCAGACAAAUAUGAUGCUGAAGCAGUUCUUCACCUCAUAGAGGGAUCAGAACUUUGGCCAGAACAGGCAAUAUUGUACAAGAAACUGGGAGAAGAAACAUCUGUGCUUCAAAUUCUAGCCCUAAAGCUGGAGGAUAGUGAUGCAGCAGAACAAUAUUGUGCAGAGCUGGGCAGACCUGAGGCUUAUAUGCAGUUGCUUGACAUGUAUCUAGAACCUGGAGAAGGAAAAGAACCAAUGUACAAGGCUGCUGUACGCCUGCUCCAUUGUCACGGCGAAUUAUUGGAUCCUCUGCAAGUUCUAGAGGCCUUAUCCCCAGACAUGCCACUUCAACUUGCAUCUGAAACACUUUCAAGAAUGUUAAGGGCUCGAGUUCAUCACCAUCGUCAAGGGCAGAUUGUACAAAGCCUUUCACGUGCUGUCAAUUUGGAUGCAAGACUAGCAAGGUUUGAAGAGCGAUCACGACAUGUACAGAUAAAUGAUGAAAGCCUUUGUGAUGCUUGUCAUGCUCGUUUGGGAACUAAGCUAUUUGCAAUGUAUCCCAAUGAUUUGGUGGUGUGUUAUAAGUGCUUUCGAUUCUAUGGGGAACACAUCUGUCCUGUCACCCACCGUGAUUUUCAGAAGGAUGUCAUGUUCAAGCCAAGUUGGCUUGUUAGAAAUGAUUGAGAAUAUUUUUAUAUAUAAGCUAGUUCAUAUAAUUUGUGUUAUCAUCAUCUGUUCAUUUUUCUCCAGUUUUGUUGGGCAACAAUUCAUAUAUGCUUAUGAUGAUCUACCUUAGCAGUGAUUCUUGAUUUACGAUUGCAAAGUGCAUGGAAUUUUUUAACAAUCUCUCAAUUUUGUCAAACAUUGUAACUAGAAACCAUGCAAAUAAGGAAAUAAUAAAUUUGGCUCAGUUCACGUUUCAA